AUGGCUGAGAACGGUGUUGCAAUCCCGUCUGAUGAGAAUGAUGCUCCCACUUCGGUAUCUGAUGCUUCUAAUUCUUCUACUUUUGUAUUUCUAAUAGAAACAAUCAUGUCAUUGUCAGACAAUGAAGACUACAUCUCUUCAGAUGAAGAAAUUGUCAUUGAUGAGGAAGAAAAUGAGCAAAAGUUAGAGAUUGAAAUGAUUGAAGAAAAGAAGCAUGAGAUCAACAAGAUUUUAGAUAAAAAUGAAAUUAUUUUAGAACCAAAGGUUGGGAUGAUGUUUAAUUCAGAGGAAGAAGUUAGAGCAUAUUAUACGCAAUAUGCUAAACAAGCAGGUUUUGGUGUGUCAAAGAGAACCUCUAAACUUGGACAUGAUGGGAAUUUAAAAUAUUUCACCAUUUCAUGUGUUAAUCAAGGCAAGGCAAAAAGUAAGGCAACUAAUGCUCUUAAACUGAGACCAAAAAAAAAUCUUGGGUGCAAGGCCAAGAUUAAUGCUACUUGUUGUCCUGAUGUAAAGUUUACAUUGACUACUAUUGUGCUUGACCAUGUCCAUACUUUGAGUCCUGGAAAAGCUAGAUAUUUUAGAUGUCAUAAACAGAUGGACUCUUAUGUGAAAAGAAGGCUUGAGUUAAAUGAUAAAGUUGGAAUCCGUAUCAGUAAAAACUAUAAAUCUAUUGUUAUUGAAGCAGGAGGAUUUGAGAAGCUUCCAUUUGGAGAGAAAGACUGUAGAAAUCAUGUUGACAAAGCAAGGCAGCUUCGACUUGGGGUGGGAGGUGCUAGAGCACUUCGUGACUAUUUUGUUAGAAUGCAAGAGAAGGAUGACCGGUUUUAUUAUGUAAUGAAUGUGGAUGAUAGGUCUCGAUUGAGGAAUGUGUUUUGGGCAGAUGUAAGAAGCAGAGCCACAUGUGAAUAUUUUGGGGAUGUUAUAACAUUUGACACAACAUACUUAACAAAUCCAUAUAAAAUGCCAUUUGCUCCGUUUGUAGGAGUGAAUCAUCAUGGUCAAUCAAUACUUCUUGGGUGUGGUCUAAUAUCAAACGAAAAUGUUGAUACUUUUGUUUGGUUGUUUGAAUCAUGGAUGAAGUGUAUGUCAGGCCGAGCUCCAAAAGCAAUUAUAACUGAUCAAGACCAAGCUAUGAAGAGAGCAAUUGAAAUUGUAUUCCCUAAAACUAAACAUAGGUUUUGUUUAUGGCAUAUAAUGAAGAAAAUUCUUGAGAAAUUUAAGGGAUAUUCUCAAUAUGAGGCGAUUAAGAGGGAUAUAGACCGCUGUGUAUAUGACUCCUUGAGUUAUGAUGAAUUUGAAGAUAGUUGGCAAAGAUUACUUGAGGUGCAUAAUCUUCAAGAUAAUGAAUGGUUGCAAUGGUUGUAUUAUGAGCGACAUCAUUGGAUACCAACAUAUGUGAAAAAUACAUUUUGGGCGGAAAUGUCUACUACACAACGUAGUGAAAUUAUGAAUGCCUUUUUUGAUGGUUAUGUGGGGCCGAAGACUACAUUGAAGCAAUUUGUUGAUCAAUAUGAUGAGGCCUUGAAGAGUAAGGUUGAAAAGGAGAACACAGAAGAUUUUAUUUCUCUAACUUCAAGAGUUCCAUGCAUAACUCAUUAUGCUAUUGAGAAGCAAUUUCAGGACAAUUAUACCAAUUCAAAGUUCAAGGAGGUUCAAGAUGAGAUUAGGAGGAAAAUGUAUUGUCAUCCUUCUCUUCUUAAACAAGAAGGUGCAAUUUCUACAUAUCAAGUUGUUGACGAGAUAGAAAUUGAUGAUGAUACAAAGGAAGCAACCUUCCAUGUUUACUUUAAUGAAGAUGAAUUGGAGGUACAAUGCAAUUGUUGCUUAUUUGAAUUUAGAGGAAUCCUCUGUAGGCAUGCCUUUUCUGUGCUCAUGAUGAUAAAGAAAAUUAAAAUAUUGCCAUCAAAAUAUAUUCUUCCACGGUGGAGUAAGGACUCGAAACGAAGAUAUACAUUUAUUAAAUGUAUUUACGAUAAAUUGAGUGGAAAUCCUGAAGCGCAACGUUAUGAUAAAUUGCACACUUCUUUUUAUGAAGUUGCAUCAAUGGCAUCAAAAACUGAAGAAAGUUGUAUGAUUGUGAUGACAGUUUUAGAUAAGCUGAAGGAGAAGUUGAGUCUGAAUGUGUCAAGUAGUGAAAGUGGUCAAACAUCUCAUCACACAUCGGGUGCAGUGACAAUAUCUAAUGAAGUUAUUAAUGGGACAUCAAAGGAAUGUAUUAAGGUGCUUAGUCCUUUAGUAGCUCGAAGUAAAGGGCGACCAGUGUCAAAACGAAAGGAAUCUAAAACAGACCAAGUGAUUAGGAAAUUGAAAACAAGAAAGAGACAGGAAGGGAACAAAACUAGCAGAAAAAAAGGAAAAGGAAAACAGAAUUCUCAAGUGGCACAAGAAAUUGAAGUCGAUGCAAGUGAAAUUGGUUUGCCUACUUUAAGUACUCCACAAGAAGAUCAUGAAAUGGGAACACAAGAGAGAAGGAAUGUUCAGUGUCAUCAGAGUCAAGGUUCUAGUGAUGGAUAUAUGAUGCCAUAUUUUGGCUCUCCUUUAUUUCCUGGAAACCAAAUGCAGUGUCAUUUGAGUCAAGGUUCGAGUGGUGGAUAUAUGAUGCCAUAUUUUGGCACUCCUUUAUUUGCUAGAAACCAAAUGCAGGGUCAUCCAAAUCAAUUUUGGGGAAGUGGAUGUCAAGUGCCAAAUACUGACCAGCUUAGUGUUUAUGGAACACAACAACAUCAUAUAAUCAACUUCAAUCAUUUGAAUUUGCUCCAAGCUCAACAGCAUGGGCAUCAAUUUAAGGAUCAAGAUGCUGGCAAGUUUAGUUAA